AUGGUCCGUUUUGCUACACUCAGUGCCGUCGUCUGCGCCUUCGUCGCCGCCGUCUCUGCUAGCCCCGUUGCCAGCGAGACUCUUGAGCGUCGCCAGUCAUAUACCGGCCGCGGAACCUACUUCGAGGUUGGCCUUGGUGCAUGCGGUUACACGGACGUGGACACGGAUUCCAUCAUCGCCAUCUCGCACGACAUCUACAACGGUGGCGAGUACUGCAACCGAUACGUCGAGAUCAAAGACGACUCGACCGGAAUCACGCAGUACGCACGUGUGCGCGAUGAGUGCAUGGGAUGCGAUGCGGACGCGAUCGAUAUGAGCCCCAGCCUGUUCCAGUCGUUCAACGAGGACCUCUCGGUCGGUGUGCUCACCGUCACCUGGGAGUUCAUGAGCGAAGGCUGGAGCCCGUGA